AUGGAGGGAUGGAGGGACAGAUAUCAGGCGCGAUUUUACCACUUCUCGAUUCUCGACAUACAAAACUGAACGGUAGCAAUUGAAAUGGCACCGACGACUAAGAGACCGACGCCGCUCAUCUUUGUCUCCCAUGGCUCCACGAUGAUGCUCGGCGAGCAGAGUGUGGUCUCCGAUGACUGGGAGCGACAGGGACGGAAUGCAGAGAGGCGGGGGAUCAAGGGCAUUGUUAUUCUGGGGGCGCACUGGGAGUUUCCCGGAGAAAACCUCGUCCACGUAUCGAUCAAAAAGAAUCCGGGCAUGAAUCCGAUCGCGUGGGUCGCUCCUCAAAAGUACAUCAAUUUCCAGCUCAACUGCGACGAAGCACUUGGCCGGCGGGUGUGGAAGAUACUCGAGGAGGGGGGUGUCGACGUCGUGCUCAACGACAAGGACGACUGGGUGCACGACUCAGUGAUCCCACUGAAAUGGAUGUUCCCGCAAGCGUGUCCGCCGACGACGCUGAUCUCGCUCAACACGAAGUACAAUCCAACCUUCCACGCGCGGCUGGGGCAGAUCCUCUCAGUGCUCCGCGACGACGACAUCCUGCUGCUAGGCACAGGCGGCGCCGUGCACAAUCUGUACCGCAACCGCUGGCCGAACAUAAUCAUCUACCGCAACAACUUUGCGCAGCCCGUGCCGCCAAAGAAGUGGGCGCUCGAGUUCCGGCAGGCGUUUGUCGACGUCAUGACGAAGAGCCCGGAGGCCGACGAAGACGGCAGCGUUAAGGUCAAAGAGGGGGCCACCAGGCUGAUGCAUCAUCCGCUGUUUAGGGAUGCGCAUGGAACGGACGAUCACUACAUGUCUGUGUGCUUUAUUGCGGGGGCUGCAAGAGAAGGCGAGAAGGGUGCUAGGACGAGUGAGGUCUGGGAGUUGGAGAAUAUGUGUAACGCGCAGUUUCAGAUCGGGGAGUGGUAGAGCAUGGAACUGAAUUUCAUUUCAUCGAAUUACAAUCACUCGUACAAAGUGAUUGCGACCAGGCUGAGCUGAGCUCUUUUUUGCGUGGUCAAGAUGGGUCCGAGUGGUCGCUGCAAUGGAAGGCUGUCAUCGUCAUACUACUAG